CACACCUUUUGGCCUGGUGGCACAAGAUAUAAGCAACCAGGAAUGAUAUAACACCCCGCAUUCGUUUAACCCUCCCUUCCCCGCUUUCCCCCAUCCUCUAACCCCCCCUGCUUCCCCUUACUCCCCCUAUUUCCCAGCCAUGGUCCACCACGAACGUCAAGCUUUUCAGGCCGAAGUGAGAGAGGUCGAGAACUGGUGGAAGAGCGAACGGUUCUCUCGCGUGAAGAGACCUUAUACGGCCGCCCAGGUGGUGUCUAAGCGAGGAACCAUCCCCAUCCAGUACCCAUCGAAUAUUCAAGCUAAAAAGCUAUGGGCCAGUUUGUCGAAACACUUCAAGGAGGGGACGCCAUCGCAUACCUAUGGAGCACUUGACCCCGUGCAGGUGACGCAGAUGGCCAAGUACUUGGAAACGGUCUACGUCUCUGGUUGGCAAUCGUCGAGUACCGCUUCGAGCACGAACGAACCUGGACCGGAUCUUGCUGACUACCCCUCUAACACCGUACCUAACAAGGUAGAGCACCUCUUCAUGGCACAACUCUUCCACGACCGAAAGCAGCGAGAAGCGCGCUCGAACAUGUCCGAAGAAGAGCUGCAGCGCACGCCGGUUAUCGACUACCUUCGUCCCAUCGUCGCUGAUGCUGACACAGGCCACGGCGGUCUGACGGCUGUCAUGAAGCUCGCGAAGAUGUUCGUCGAGAAGGGCGCCGCGGGUAUCCACAUUGAGGACCAGGCUCCAGGGACAAAAAAAUGCGGUCAUAUGGCGGGUAAGGUGCUUGUGCCCAUCCAGGAGCACAUCAACCGCCUCGUUGCGAUCCGUCUCCAGUUCGACAUCAUGGGUGUUGAUAACCUUGUGAUCGCCCGGACGGACUCGGAGGCAGCGACACUGAUCACGACGAAUGUCGACGAACGCGACCAUGCAUUCAUCCUCGGCUCGACGAAUCCAAACUUGCGUCCAUUGGUGGCAGUUAUGAACGAGGCGGAGGCCCAGGGGAAGACCGGGGACGCGUUGCAGGCGGUCGAAGAUAGCUGGCUGGAGUCCGCGAAUCUAUCCCUGUUCUCCACCGUGUUGGCGAAUGCUCUGCGCGACCAGACUCGCGCUUCGGCAGCUACGGUCGACAAAUUCGCCGCCCGGAUCGCGCAUGUUUCCUACCCCCAGGCCAUCGAGAUCGCGAAGAAGGAGUUCGGUCUUAAGUCAGUGCCAUACUUCGAUUGGGAGGCCGCGCGUACGCGUGAGGGUUACUACCGGUACCAGGGCGGCACGCAGUGCGCCAUCAACCGUGCCGUUGCAUACGCGCCGUACGCCGACCUGCUCUGGAUGGAGACCAAGAAGCCGAUUCUUGCGCAGGCAAAGGAGUUUGCACACGGCGUUCACGCAGUGUACCCGAAACAGUGGCUUGCGUACAACUUGAGCCCCUCUUUCAAUUGGGACGCAGCUGGCCUGGGUCCCGACGAUAUGAAGAACUACGUCUGGGAGCUCGGGAAGCUCGGGUUCUGCUGGCAAUUCAUCACGCUCGGAGGCCUCCACUCGAACGCGUACAUUUCGGACCUCUUCGCGCGUAACUACGCGAAAGAGGGUAUGAAGGCGUACGUGGAGCUCAUCCAGCGCAAGGAGCGCGAGAUUGGAUGCGAUGUCUUGACACAUCAAAAGUGGAGUGGCGCCGACUAUGUCGACAACCUCCUGAAGACCGUUACCGGCGGUGUCUCGUCCACUGCUGCCAUGGGUAAGGGCGUAACAGAGUCGCAGUUCGGGGAGAAGGCCAAGCUAUAAUCUUACCAGUCGAUUUGAAUGCAGACCGUCCUAUACUUGUAUUAGUAGCAGUAAUAGUUUCCCCAUUGUAACACCAGUGGAAUCCAAGGUUUUUUCCUUGCUUGUUC